AUGUCCGAUCUUAUGCGGACGUCUUCCCGAUCCGAAAGCGAGAAUCACUUCUUUGGUAAGAUUUGCAAUCCCAAGUGUACUUUGGUUGAAUUUCUUAGCCACUUUGACACGGCUAUUGAGGCGCAAAGACACGUGCAUCGUAAAAAGGACCAUGACACUCGUUAUACGACACCCAAUGUAUGGAAUAGUGAUUUUGUUCUUGAGAGACAAGCAUCUGAGAUAUAUACCAGAAUGAUUGUUUUUGAUGUUCAAUUGGAAAUUCAACAUGAUCAGCCAACAACUGCAUUUUAUGAGGUUAUGAUACGUGAGGAGGACGUUACUGUUAAAUGCAGCUGCAACAGGGAGUUUCCUAGACAAUAUAUUUUGAGGCGUUGGACUCGCGAAGCAGUUCCAAGUAGGUCACCCGGGUCCAUCCUUACGGAUGGGGGCGAUCCAGAUCGAAGCGUCAAUGUCAAUCGUUGCAUUCGUGAGAUUAGAAAUGUAACCGAGUAUGUUAUAAAUAAGUUGGUAUCCAAGUUUGACGAGCUGUGUAAUUUUCGUGACCACCUCAAGCAGUUUAUGUCAGUUGCUGAUGACGCUCAGUUUGUUGCCCCUCCCAACACAAGACGUAAUAGGUUUGCUGAACUACUUGGUGUUGCUCCUAUGAACACGGUGACUAUUCGUGUUCCUAUUGGUACUAGGUUUAAAGGGUGUGGAUCUCAUAAACACAUGAAAUCUAAAAAGGAGCAAGCUGUAAGUCAAGCUGGGAAGAAACGUCGGCGAUGUUCAAAGUGUAAGAAAUUUGGUCACAAUAGUCGUACAUGCGGAAAAUACAAUGUGAAAGCGAAGGAUGCAAGCACUUUAGAGAAGGCCGAUGGUGGUGCGGAGGACGGAGAAGAUAAUAAUGAACAUACUGGACCUAGCUCUGAGGACGGAGAUGAUGUGUUUUACACAUCGGAAAUAGCUGAAGAUGCCGAUGACGAACAGAUUUCUGAGUAG